AUGAUGUGAACUCCAUUGUUUGAAACACUUGAGAACUCUUGAAUUGUGGGAGGGGGAAAUGUUAUUUACACUCCACUCCUUUUGCUUGAUGUAUGAACAGUCCCCCAAAAAACGUGAAAAACAUAUUCAUAAUGUGCAGUACAGUAGACGGGUUGAACGGAGUCGCCUGUUUUUACAAUGUGAGGAAAUGACGUCCCAAUGUUGUGAAUUGCUAAUAAGCUCCCCAGACGGCCAGACUGAGAGCCACUUGGACUCGAGCUUCUUGCACUGCCCAUUUUUUUCUCAGGAAUAUAUCUUUGAGGCACGGCGCGAGCCCUUCAUGUCCUCACACUUUCGGACAUUUUAGAUAACCACCAUGGACCUCCACAAAAUCAUCCACGGUGCGUUGCACGACUUCCUACAGACUUACAUCCCCGAUGCAGAUCUCAGCGCACUGGAUGAGGUCCUCCUCUCUUACAUCACCGGAGUUCUGGAAGAUCUUGGCUCCCAGCGGAGCGUGGAAGAGAAUUUUGACGUGGAGGUCUUCGCCGAGAUGCUGGAAGCGUACGUGCCGGGAUUUGCCAAAAUCGACAGCGUCAAAGUGUGUGAAAUGAUGUUUAGCCUGGCGUCCGUACUCGCUACAGCUCGCCUAUCAGUGGACGAAGAAAACGGGGCGUCCAAGCCAGAAGACGGCUUGUUGAAAAACGCCCCCCACCACCCGAGCGAAGCGCCACCCGGCAGGGAAAUGCAGUGCCUUCAAACACAGACAGAGGGCGCCACCGCCAAGCUCCCAGUGUCGGAGUUGGAAACCCAGGAGCAGCACCUCCUGGAGAUGUUCCCCAAAUGUAGUCUGUCCGAGGCCCGCAGCGCCCUGUCGAUCGCCAAAGGCGACAUGGACGAAGCCGUGCGGCUCAUCAUCGAGGGCGACGUCCAACUCAGCCCCACGCCGCUCAACGUUAAUCAAGGGAAGAACAUCUCCUCACUGGCGGAUCAGAAACUGAAAGAAAGCAUAUUAGAGAAGUAUAUGCUCGUCGACAACGAAGAGGACAAAAAGACACAUCGACCCGUCGCCCCCAAAGAGGCUCCGAAAAAGUUGGUGCGCUACCACGGCAACCAGGUGGUGAGCACCAAAGGGGAACGCUACCAGGUGGUGAAGAAGAACGAGACGGACGACAUGAAGAAGACGUACGUCAACCUCAAGCCGGCUCGCAAAUAUCGAUUUCACUGAUGC